GGGCCGGGGCCCGGCUUGUAACUCCUCGCUGCUGCGGCUCUGAGCACGGGCUGUGCCUGCGCCUCUGGCCCAGCCGGCCCCGAGGCUGCCCAGCCGCGGGUGUGGGCACAGCGCGGGCCCUGGGGACGGGCUGGCAGCGAGGAUACCGGUGUGGCUGCUCGGCGGGGGACCCUGGCAGGCGCCUGCUCCUGCAGCUUUGAAUGCUCUUGUUCUUCGUUCAAUACAGGCAAUCAUGAGUGAUCGAAAGGCAGUGAUCAAGAAUGCAGAUAUGUCUGAAGAGAUGCAGCAAGACUCUGUGGAGUGUGCUACUCAGGCCCUGGAGAAGUACAACAUCGAGAAGGACAUUGCUGCUCACAUAAAGAAGGAAUUUGACAAGAAAUACAAUCCCACUUGGCACUGCAUCGUGGGAAGGAACUUUGGCAGCUACGUGACUCAUGAGACCAAGCACUUCAUCUACUUCUACCUCGGCCAAGUUGCUAUUCUUCUUUUUAAGUCUGGUUAGAACCAUGGACUGUUUUUGAAACUUGCACCUGGUUACAGGACUGCACACUAACUCCAAACAGCCUCCUACCUUCAGCCUUCCUGAGGAAACAGACCUUGAUCUUCAGGUCUUUUGUUGUAUUGUUAUGGUCAGGGAUUUUGCUGUAGCAGCUGGUAUUUUCAUUGUGGCUAUAAAAAAAUGCAAAAAUGUCUUCCUUGUAUUUAUUUUCUUUCAAAAUAUGGCUUCUUUGCUAAUAAAACUGUUGGAACAAGUUUA